GCGCUGCCGAAUGUCGCGUUCGAGCAGGCCAUCCGGGCGCUGCCCGAGGGCCUCGCAGCCUGGGUCAUGCCCCUGCUGCGCCUGCCAGCCCAGCUCGUGGCGGAGACGGCCGGCACGAACGCCGCUGGGUACGUCGCGUUCCAGAUGAUGGUCGAGCUCUUGGUGAUCUUGUCGCUCCUGUGUCUGGUCGUCUUGCUGUCCGUGUACGGAACGGGGGACGGCAGGACCUGGCGGGCUUCCGCCGCAUCUCCUUGGCCAACGUCGGCCAGAAGAGCGCCCGCCUUUGGGCUUCUGCCCUCGGAUUGUGGGCGGUCGCGCUCCUAGUGCUGGUCUUCUUCUACAGAGGCCUCAAGCAGGUCGUGGACAUCAGGCUGGCAGAGAAUAGGAGACCCUGCCGCUGGUGGCACUCCACCAUCCUCGUGAGGCGCGUCCCGGAGGGCAGCCGCACCGUGGAGGCGAUCAGGGCGCACUUCGAAGGGCUGUUUCCCGGCAGGGUCCACAGCGUACACCCGGUGAGGGACAUGGGCGCGGACUACGACAAGGCCCUCGGCGAGUACACGGCCUCGUGGCGGGGCCUUCAGCGCGCCUUGGCCGCGGCCUCCCGGAGCCCCGACGCCGGCCCGCCGACGAUCCGCAGGCCGGUGAUGAGGCUGCCGGUCGGGGGCAGGGUGGAGGCCAUCCCGCAUUUCACGGCCAGGUGCGAUGAGCUGCGGCCGAAGAUCGAGGAGGCCCGGGCCGCCUACGAGACGCUGGGUGCCACCUCGGGCGCGUUCGUGACGUUCACGUCGCUGGCCGCCGCCGUAGAGGCCCAGCAGGGGGCCGCGCGGGGGGCGCAGACGUGGAGAUGCGGGGCAGCGCCGGACCCCAGGGACAUCGUCUGGCCCGCGCUGGUGAAGGACCGAUCCGCCGCGGCUCGCGGGGGCAUCCUCGUCGGGGUUUGCGCGGCAGCGCUGGUCAACCUCGAGGAGCUGGCCACGGAGUACAGCUGGCUGGGUUGGAUAGACGACAUCCCCGGUGGGAUCGUGAGCAUUGUGCAGGGGUUCCUGCCCGCCGCCAUCCUCGCCAUGUACACCGCGGUGGUGGUGCCUAUCUUCACGUUCCUGGCCCGGAAGUCGGGCGUGGAACGCGCGAGGGACGUCCAUUUGUUGGUCAUGUAUUACGUGUUCACUUUUUUCCUGAUCAACUACUUCGUCGUCGUCACAAUAUCGGGGUCCCUAUUCGGGGAGAUAACAGGUAUCAUCGAGCAUCCUGACACGAUCAUCGAGCUGCUGGGUAUAUCGGUCCCCUCGGUGGCCACGUUCUUCGCACCGUCGCGGAUUUUGUGA